UUUUUGUUGGUUUUUUUUUGUUUGUUUGUUUGGUUUUUUUGUUAUUUUUUUUCUCCCCUAAGUAUUGAAGUUGAGUUUUAGAGGCGACACGGCGGCUUCAGCCGAUUUCUUCCCCUUCCUUUGCCUCCCCAUGGAUAUGCACUGCAAGGCAGACCCCUUCUCAGCAAUGCACCCAGGGCACGGGGGUGUGAACCAGCUCGGGGGGGUGUUUGUGAACGGCAGGCCCCUACCUGACGUGGUGAGACAAAGGAUAGUGGAGCUGGCUCACCAGGGGGUGCGACCCUGUGACAUUUCCAGGCAGCUGCGGGUCAGCCACGGUUGUGUCAGCAAGAUCCUGGGCAGGUAUUACGAGACGGGGAGCAUCAAGCCUGGCGUGAUCGGAGGGUCCAAACCCAAAGUAGCGACCCCCAAAGUAGUGGAUAAAAUCGCCGAGUACAAGAGACAAAACCCAACAAUGUUCGCCUGGGAGAUCCGGGACAGGUUACUGGCCGAGGGCAUCUGCGACAACGACACGGUCCCCAGUGUCUCCUCCAUAAACAGGAUCAUCAGAACCAAAGUUCAGCAACCUUUUCAUCCAACACCAGAUGGGAGCGGGACAGGUGUGACUGCACCAGGACAUACUAUCGUGCCCAGCACAGCAUCCCCUCCCGUCUCCAGUGCCUCCAAUGAUCCAGUGGGCUCUUACUCCAUUAACGGGAUCCUGGGGAUUCCUCGGUCGAAUGGCGAGAAGAGGAAACGUGAUGAAGAUGUAUCCGAGGGCUCAGUUCCCAACGGAGAUUCCCAGAGCAGCGUGGACAGUUUGCGGAAGCACCUUCGAGGCGACACUUUCACCCAGCAGCAGCUGGAAGCUUUAGAUCGAGUUUUUGAGCGUCCUUCUUACCCUGACGUCUUUCAAACAUCAGAACACAUCAAAUCUGAGCAGGGUAAUGAGUACUCCCUCCCAGCUCUGACCCCUGGUCUCGAUGAAGUCAAAUCAAGUCUAUCCACCUCUGCUAACCCAGACCUGGGGACAAAUGUGUCAGGACCCCAGACGUACCCUGUGGUGACCGGUCGUGAUAUGGCAAGCACCACUUUGCCUGGCUACCCACCCCAUGUUCCCCCAACUGGACAAGGCAGCUACCCAACCUCAACUCUUGCAGGAAUGGUUCCUGGGAGCGAGUUCUCAGGCAACCCCUACAGCCACCCUCAGUACACAACCUACAAUGAAGCCUGGCGGUUCAGCAACCCUGCAUUACUAAUGCCACAUCCCGGGGCUCCGCACCUCCCACUGCUGCCGCUGCCUAUGACCGCCACUAGUUACCAUGGAAACCACAUGAAACUGCAGGGCGACAGCUUAGGCCUCCACAUUGUACCUGUCUGA